AGUGAAUGAGCUUGUGGCGCCACGAAUCCAGUUCUUGCCGAAAGCCGCGUCUCUCAACGGAGCAUUGCUGCCGCCUACACACCCUCGCCAUCUUCUGCCGCCCGCCCGGCCCUGCCUCCGCCGCGGCCCCGCGCACGCCCAGCCGCGUCGCCCGGGGCCGCGCACGUACCCGGGGCCCGGGCGUCGAGCCUCCCGCUCGGGGCGGCGCGGGGGCAGGGGCGGCCUCACCUCGCGGUGGCCCCGGCGUGGCCCCGGGGCGGUCUGGGCCUGCGCGCCUGCCCCGCGCGCUUCAUCUCGCCGCCAGCCGGGCCGCGGUCCCCGCCGUCCGCCGUCCCUUUCGCCGGCGCCUCAGGCUGCCCGAGACGGCGCCUUCCCACGGCCGGAGCUGGGCCCCGCCGGCCCGCGCCGCCCUCGCACUGUCCCCCAAGGCCAUGGCUGCCCCUUCCCUCCCUGGGGCUUUUUGUUUUUUAAGUUAGCUCCAUUUAUCACUUCCAACCUGCCUAUCGCCCGACACCAACUGUUGCAAGUUCCGUAGUAACUGCUUGUCUGAACUCGGUCGAAACUGCUCCUCCCAGGAGCCUGGUUAAGAA